ACUCUCUCCCCUCCCUCUUCUUACCUUUGCCCCCUGGCCCAUGGAAACACGUCACGGGAAAGCCACAAGCGCAUGUGCGCCACUGUACAAGAAGCGCAUGAUGAGGAAGAGAGGAGAGAGAGAGCGAGAGAGACACACGAAGGGGCUACCGGUUCUCGUCGUUUGUGCCCGAGGGUGUUUUGUGACACGCGUUGCAAUCCGCGUCUCCUCUCGGCGCCGUCUCGUUCGAGCGCAAGGCGUUGGCGGCAGAUGAACGCAUGAUUCGUGCGUAGACAGGGGUCGUGUGCGCCGUGCCUCUCCUUGCCCCCUCUCGCUGGCAUCGACAAUGAAAGUGCUUUUGCUGGCACCCACCGCCGCGGCGUCGGGGAACGCGACGACUGCGGAGCGAAUACGACAUUACCUGCUGACAAGUGGACACAAGUGCCUCUUGGAAAACAGCAGAUCUUUCUCCGAGCCGAAGGACGUUCGUAAAUUCAUCAGCGUAAAUGGCAUUUCAGCGGUAAUUGCGCUCCACCUGUACAAGGCUGGCCGGCUCCUUGUGGGAUGCGGUGUGCCUUACGGCGUGGUCUUUGGUGGAACGGACGUGAAUGAGGACGUGAAAAAUGAGCACAAGCUUUCCGUGAUGACAGCAGUGGCCCAGAACGCCAGGUUCCUGGUGGCUUUUACAGAGGAACUAAAAUGCAUCGCAGAACAUUUAUGGCCGUGUACCAGGGGAAGAGUCUACAUCCAACCGCAAGGUGUGUGGACCAAUCCCGACACUGGAUUUGCCUGGAGGAUCCAUUUACGUAGUUGGGGCGUCCCCGCUGAUGCGAACAGCCUCCUCUUCCUCCUCGUGUGCGGGAUUCGUCAAGUUAAGGACCCUCUGUACCUGACGGACACUUUCUCUGAGUGGCAACAUGAAGACUCCAGGGUGCAUCUAAUCAUCAUUGGUCCAGAGAUUGACUCUGUGCUCUCAGCAGCUGUGAAAGAGAGGACCAAGAUGGCGCGGGGCGUGUGGCUCCUGCCGGAGUUACCCCAGAACCAGCUGCACGCUGCAAUGAGCGACUCCUUCUGCCUCGUCAACAGCUCCCUCAGCGAGGGCAUGUCAGGAGCCAUUCUGGAGGCUAUGCAGCUAGGCUUGCCGGUCAUCGCAAGAGACAUUCCCGGAAAUGCCGCCCUCAUCACGCACGAGGAGACCGGACUGCUUUACACCACAGCGCAGGAGUUCAAAGUGCAGGCACGGAGACUAAUGACGGACAUGGCUCUGAGGGAGAGGCUGGUGCCGUGCGCCCGGCGUCUCGUGGAAGGGAACCACUCGCAGGAGGCAGAGCGCCGCACGUACACGCAUCUGCUACUCGAACUGUCGGGACCGGAGCCGGUCGCUGGCGCACCCACCGCCUCCGGUUGAAGAACCCGUGGGGUAGCGAGCGCCUUGAACAAUCCGUGGGGUAGCGAGCGCCUUGAACAAUCCGUGGGGUAGCGAGCGCCUCGGGGCGCAACCCCUGCGUAAGUGCGAGCGCGUGCCCCCCCCUGCACCCCGACACCUCCGACAGAGAUGUGGCUAAGAGAGGCCAUCGCGACAAUUUUUUUGAACAAGAAAUAAUAAUAAGUUGUGGUAUUGUUGAGUCCGGGGUUUGUUUGUUCCCACCCCCCCCCCAUAUCCUUCGUUACAACUAAGGUGACAUAAUGAUGAUUGUUAAAAAAAUUGCUUGAUAUUUCUGCGUUGGAAGUAGCGAUGCACAAGCACAAUUUGACGACAGGAAAAACAACACAUUCGUCUUAAACACUGCCUGAAAAUAAAAAUGUAAAAUCGCCAGCGUUUCGAGCACUGGUCCCCCUUCUUGUGCUAUGGAAAAGGGCCAUUGCUCGAAAAGUCCCCGGUUAUUUAUAUUUUUCUUACAAGGUCACAUGGUAUUCUUGGUUCUUUCGGUAAAGUCACCGCGUAGAAGGGAAACAAUAAAAGA